AUUUCCAAAGAAAUGAUGGCUUCAAAGAUGAAGGACCGCAAGAGAACGCCGGUGUCACACAAAGUGAUCGAGAAGAGGAGGAGAGAUCGUAUUAACCGCUGUCUAAAUGAACUCGGCAAAACCGUCCCCAUGGCUCUGGCCAAACAGAACUGUGGGAAGCUGGAGAAGGCAGAGAUUUUAGAGAUGACUGUACAAUACCUGCGCGCUCUGCACUCAGCCGACUUCCCUCGCGGGAGAGAAAAAGGAGAGCUCCUGAGCGAGUUCGCCAACUAUUUCCACUACGGCUACCACGAGUGCAUGAAGAACCUGGUGCACUACCUGACCACAGUGGAGCGAACAGAGACCAAAGACAACAAAAACGCACGCAUUCUGGCCUUCCUGCAGUCCAAGGUGGUUUCAGAGCCCGUGUUCGGGUCACGCUACGAGUCCGCGUUCUCCUCGCCCGAGCCCGUAGACUUCCUGUGUCAGCUACGUUCUCCGCCAGAGUGCCACCAGAACCCGAGCGAACCUGUCUUCCAGCAGAGCCACAGCGGGCAUUUAUCCUGGCAUGGCUCGGCGCUCAGCUACCCGCAGCAGCACGGACUGGACCAUCACCAUUACAUGAACUUCAUGAGCCACUCCUUGCACACAACGCCACAUGCCGCUUUGUAG